AUGCGCGAGGGCCGCCGAUCAGGGCCGUUUCGUGACUCUGGUUUUCUUUCUUUUUGGACUGGUCUUUUUUUGGUUCUAUUUUCUUUUGUAGUGUUCUAUCGUCGUUUUCGUCUCAUUAAUACAUUGAUUGUGGAAAGAAAUUCAGUUUUACUGGGUAAAGAGAAGGGAGACUACUAUGUUUACAACAACGAAGAGGAGGCACACAUACACAUAAUCCGACAUGAAAUCAUGGUGAAGGCUUGCCUCCCAACAAUAUUACUGCUCUCUGCUUGGGUCUGCUUCGUGUUGGCGGCGGUAGAAGGAAACAAAGGCAGGUGGGCACGAUGGGUCGACGGAGGAGACGGUCGAUCACAGGCAGAGCCUCAUAGGAGGCGAGGGAGGGGUGGAGGAGGGGAACAUAUCAUUAUGGAUAUCUUGGGCAGGCGGUCGGAGCCGCCCACGGCGUCGGUGGACAUCAACAAGCCCGUCGCACUCGAAGACCGUGUCGUGCUAGCGGUGCCUACGCCACCGGCGCUGUUCGGGAGACAGGAUCUCAGCAACCCCAUCGAGGCCAUCAACCAGGCCUCACGGUCCGCGCAGCAGGCCAUUGCUCAAGCGUCUCAGUCGGCGCGGGAGGCCGUCCAGCAGGCCAACGAUCAGGUCCGGCAAGCUCAGGACAGGCAACGGCAGGCGGAGGAACAGGCGAGGCAGGCCAAUGAUGCGGCGACACGGGCGUCAAUCUCGGCCAACAACGCCGUCAACCAGGCCCAAGCGAGCGCGAGGGAGGGCAUUAUCAACGCUCAGAACCAGGCGAGGGAGAGCGCGAGCAGGGAGAUUGCGAAUAACCUGCAGCUUGUCACGAACAGCGCCUCAACGCAGCUGGCAUCGCAGAUUGCGAGUAUCCAGGCGAGUGCUAGUGCCAGUGCAGCAGCAGCUAUUGCCGUUGUCACACAGUCGGCGAGCGCAGCUGUUCAGAGUGCACAGCAACAGGCGCAGCAGCAGAUUCAAGCCGCGAGGGACGACGCCAACUUGAGAGUCUCUCAGGCACAGGGAGCAGCUGUGUCGGUAACGCAAGCAGCUCUCGCAGUUGUAGGAGCCAUCAUCGGCUCUUCUCUGCUGACUGUUUUGGCCUUUUACAUCUUCACCCGGUACCGCCGCGGUAAGCGCAAGGACAAGCAGGAGACGGCCAGCCGUUUACGACGCGAGAUCAGCUAUCCCAAGCAGGACACACUCGUUACGACAAACGCCCUGGCAACGAGCAAUGGUUAUCCGCCAGACAUGAAACGGUCCAUAUCACCGACAAGACCAGACACGGCGAGGACUACGGGGUCUGGCGGGAUGGGGUACGCAGUGAGCAACUACGGCGACGAUGGCGCACCUAAUUUCUCCCGCACGACGACCUUCGUUAGUACUACCGCCCCCCAGAUGGGGGGCGGCGUAGGCAUACAGCCGUUACAGCGAGAGCCGUCGGUGACGAGGAGACCCGUGCCGCCGUCGCCGAGGAAGCAAUCCUUUUCUCUAUUCCCGCCGCGCUCGCGCGACGGUCCGCCUACCACGGCACUACCUCCCAUACCCGGUUCCAGUCCUCCCCCGUCCCGAGACAGGGAGCCGUCGAUAACGGGACCGCCUCCGCCUUUUGCAGCACCUACGUAUACCAACGAGAAGCUGAGCAAGGUGGACGAGGAGAGCGAGUUUGGGGAGGGUAGCAAGAACUAUCUGAGACGGACGCAGACCGUGAGCCCGUUUGGGGACCUGGUUGACAGCCCGUCGGAGGAGAAGGGUCCUAAUUGGCCCUUUGCGAGAUCGAGUUCGACGCCUCCUCCGGGAAAGUGA